UUGCCGGACAGUCGGCGACGUCACCAUGGAGUAAGUUUGAGCGCAGCAUUAUCUUUUUAUAAGCAUUGCGUGCGCCCGUUCUCCACUGCUGGACUCAUACCAUAACUCACUCAACUUUCUGUGUGCUGCAUAUCUACCCACGCCUUCCUCGCCAGACACGAACGCUACAUUCGAUUUCGAGUUCAGAAGAAGCUUAACGCAAGAUGAAGGUCCUCACGCCAGAGCAGGAGCAGGCGCAUUACAAUGCCUCAGUUAAGGGCGGAUCAAUCGGUGGUAUAAUCGGUGGAGUAGUUGGAACCGCAGCUGUGGUUGGCGCGAGCAGAAGAUACGCAUCCUUCAGAGCGCUCACCCUGCCCUUCCGCGUCUUCCUCGUCACAUCCUCAGCAACAUUCAUUGCUGUUAUCGCCGCAGACCGCGCCUCCGCGCAAUACGACAUUGAUAACAACCCCGAAAAGAAAGCCGAAAUCGAGCGCGAGCGCAAUCGUGCAGCGCUCCUCGAACAAAAUAAGACCAUCUUCGAGCGCUCCAAGGCCUGGGCCACCGAGAACCGCUACCCCCUCCUGUUCGGCUUCUGGGUCGCCUCCAUGGCCGGCUCGUGGACAAUGGUCAACCGUAACCCAUACCUCAGCGGCUCGCAGAAGCUUGUCCAGGCGCGUAUGUAUGCGCAAGGCGGCACGCUGGCCGCGCUGCUUGGCAGCUUUGCGAUUGAGGGCGCCGACGCAGCCAAGGGCCAGGGCAGGUGGGAGACAAUCAAGGUGCUCGACCCGAACGACCCAACACACAAGCACAUCAUCGAGAAGCGCAUCCACCACGAGCGAUAUGCCGGCGAGGACCAGUGGAGAGAAAUGGUCGAGGCCGAAGAGGAGCGUCUGAAGGAGCGCAAUGCCCACAUCGAGGCCAAGCGCGAGCACCCCGAGAAGAAGUCGAAGCAGGAGUCGGCUCAGAAUGAGAAGAAGGCGGAGAAGGACAACUCUGGCGCCAAGGCGUAAACCUGUGCUUUUUGAAUACUCUCAUUCAGACUUCCACUCCUGUCACACCUGACAGCCCUCAACUUUAAUCAGGCGAGACGUCGUGAUCGAAGCAACACCAGCUUCGCGGCGGACGACUUGACCUAUUAUUUUCCGGCGUUUGGCGACUGCACGCACGUACGACUUGUUGUACCAGUAGUUUUUGGAAAAGCGGCUAUGGCUUUGGCUUGGUAUAUAUCGACACCAGCGUGGAUCUGCGAUCCAAGCU